CCAAAAUCUAAAAGUAGUUCAAAAUUCAAAUGCAAAUUGAUUUAGUGAAGUGAGAACUCGGAAGCAUUUCAUUGUGCUGUGUUUUGCGUUGCUUGCAAGCGAGUUCGUGAGCGAUUUCAUUUCAAUUUCAAUGGCAGCUUCACUAGGAGGCAAUAGCGUAGAGUGGCACGUUCGUCCUCCAAACCCUAAAAACCCAAUCGUCUUCUUCGAUGUCACCAUCGGCAACAUACCUGCCGGUAGAAUCAAAAUGGAACUCUUCGCUGAUAUUGUCCCCAAAACCGCCGAGAAUUUCAGACAGUUCUGCACGGGGGAGUACAGGAAAGCGGGACUUCCUAUUGGCUACAAGGGUUGUCAAUUUCAUAGAGUGAUUAAGGAUUUUAUGAUUCAGGCUGGUGAUUAUGUAAAGGGUGAUGGUAGUGGAUGUGCUUCCAUCUAUGGACUCAAGUUUGAUGACGAGAAUUUCAUCGCCAAACACACUGGACCUGGCCUUCUAUCAAUGGCAAAUAGCGGACCAAAUACCAAUGGUUGCCAGUUCUUUUUAACUUGUGCAAAAUGCGACUGGCUUGACAACAAGCAUGUUGUUUUUGGGAGAGUGCUUGGAGAUGGUCUUUUGGUUGUGAGGAAGAUUGAGAAUGUUGCAACUGGACCCAAUAACCGGCCAAAAUUAGCUUGUGUCAUUGCUGAAUGUGGUGAAAUGUAAAAUUUUAAUGUAACUUUGCUAACAAAUUAUAGUUCUCUAAAUUUAUUGAAUCCUAGAGAUGAUGGCUUUCUAUACAAGUAUCUUUGGUCACUUCGACUGAUCAAUUUUGUAACGAAUUAGUUGAGCAGCACAGCUAAUUGGACAAUCGAGCUUGGGAAUAGUUGAAGGAAGUUUACUA